GGUUCGCCAUCUGUUUUCGAAAAGGCUUUUUCGCGUAGUCCCGGCAUUCACGUCGCGCCCGUCAAACGGAAACGAACGUCGCUAGCACGCAUGCGCCCGCGCCCGUCGGCCAGUGGAGACACAAGCUCGUCGCCGUCAUCGUCGUCGUCGUCGUCGUCGGAAUCGUUGUCGGUGGCCGUCACUCUCGCCAGCAAGCAAACCGGCUGGCUUUACCGUUGGUGACUUUCGCGUGAUUUUUCGGCGGUGCCGCGCGCCGUUAUUUGUUCUGUGUGUGUUGUUAUCCCCUCCGUGCUGAGUGAUAAUUUCCUCAUCCCCCUCCACAUACACGCACACACCCUUCUGCCGGGUUGUAGGUGUGUUCUCACGUGCGUGUGUGUGUGUGUGUGCUAUCAAAUUGUGAAAAGAGUGUGAUUGUGCAGGACGUUUUUUUGUGUGCGCCCCUGCUUUUCGUGUCCAUCGGUUCAAAGAUAACGCGUGUGAUUUCGGUGCGGUUUUGUUUUUGUCUACAUGAAAGGCUACCCCGCAGUCAAGCGGGGUGAGUAGUGGUGUGUGGGUUUUCCACUCCUUUUCGCGUCAAGUGUCGCUCAACAUACUUCGCUCUGUGUGUAUUGUGAUCGAAGGAAAAGGCUUCGCUGAUACAAGGAUCGCAAGAAGAAGGAAAAAUCAAUCGAACGCAACCCGUCCUUCGAGUAUGUGUGUGCGUUCUGUUGCUCAUGCCUCUGUGCGUGUAAGUGUGUGAAUAUUUGAUCGAGUUUUUCCAACGCAAAGCAGGGAGACGAGUCUUAGUACACGACCGCCUCCAAGGUAAACUGUGGCCGUGGUUCGAGAAAAGGCAGUCACCUUAAAUGUCAAACGUUUUUCAUCAGCACCGUCUGCGAGUGACAUUGAUUGGCAACAAAGUCCUUCCAGCGGCAACCCGAGUCACUGUACACUGCUCACUGAAGGGUGGCUUUUCUUCAACGGUUGCUUUGAUUGCCACCUAAAGAAGACGGAUUUUCUGAACCGGUGGGAUUAAUGUUUGGUGAAAAUUAAUCGAAAGGUUGUGGAACAAAACAAAAUGUGUGUGUAAAUCGUGCAUGGAGUGAAAUAGAAAAAAAAAAAAUAUUCCCGAAAAAAGUGCCCCAGUAAAGUGUGAUGCAACUCCAGUUCAAACCGUUCCCUGUUAAUGCAAUGCAAAGCUAGCAUUCGGUAGCCAGCACAACCGCUCCAAGGACUGCUGCGUGAAAUUGCCACGAAACUGUCAACCACACAGUUUGCACCCGUUUGCCGUCCGUACGGUAGCGCUGCCAGCAGACCGAACCUGCUGGAACCUGCCGGUGGCGUUGGUGUUGGUGGUGGGCAGCCCGUUCCGGUGCGGAACCGUUUCGUGAACACGUGCGACACGGUGGCUACGGUGACGCUGCACACGGCAGAACACGGGGUGCCCGGUGCGAGGACCCCGCUCGGUGUAGUACCGGUCAACAGCAUCCACCAGCCACCGAUCUCUCACAUGGGCGUGUGCGCGGAGGAGCGCCCCAUAAUGCAUUGGCACCCGAGUGCUCGGUUUCUGGGGCCGCCGCGAGAGCGCAGCCCGGACCUGUCGAACGCCUGCCAGCUCAACAGCAACAACAACAACCUCAACCAUCGGACCUGCAUCUCCUGCACGGACACGUGCGAGCACAGCCUGAAGGUGGCCGGCGGCAACGGUUUGCUGGGUGUCAACCAUCAUCUCUACGCGGACAGCUGCCACAGCUUCGAGUCACCCGAUCGGUUGAUAGCGGACAGACCAAAUUACUAUGCCGAUCUCAACCGGAGCGACUGCUCGGACAGCUCCAGCGUGCUGAAUAGCUGCAUCCAGCUCAAAUCGGAACCACCGGGCGGUCCGAGCAGUCCGGAAUCUUCCAACGAGUUACCGUCGACCGGGCUGGACGAGUGUGCGGGCUGUGAUAUGCCGAUUCAGGAUCGCUUCUACCUGUCAGCUGUGGAGCGCAAGUGGCACGCUAGCUGUCUACAAUGUUGCAUCUGCCGGCAAACCCUCGAAGGUGCCAAUUCCUGCUUUUCACGCGACGGCAAUAUCUACUGCAAAACGGAUUACUACAGGGUAUUCGGUUCGCGACGGUGCUCCAAGUGUUUGGCGUCGAUCAGUUCCUCCGAGCUGGUGAUGCGCGCCCGGCAUCUGGUAUUCCACAUACGCUGCUUCUCCUGCGCCGUCUGCAACACGCCGCUGAACAAGGGCGACCACUACACGAUACGGGACUCGGCCGUCUUCUGUCGAUCACACAUUGAGCUGCCGCUGGAGGCGGCCACCACCCCGCUACCGGGGAUGCCGAUGCAGUGUCCUUACCAGAGCCAGUACGGUACCUCGCCGGUCGCCCCGCUCAGCCCGAGCGACUCGACGACGAGCGGCGGCAAGCUGAACCCGGCCACCUACUACCCACCGCACGGCGUCACCGGGCUGCCGCAGCAGCCGCGCCAGAAGGGCCGGCCCCGGAAACGGAAGCCCAAAGACAUCGAAGCCAUGACGGCUAGCCUCGACCUGAACACCGAGUAUCUGGACCUGGGAUUUAGCCGGGGGCUCGGUUCCUCGUCCCGGGCCAAACGGAUGCGGACGUCCUUCAAGCACCAUCAGCUCCGCACGAUGAAGUCCUACUUCGCCAUCAACCACAAUCCGGACGCGAAGGACCUGAAGCAGCUGUCCCAGAAGACGGGACUGCCGAAGCGUGUGCUACAGGUUUGGUUCCAGAACGCACGCGCAAAAUGGCGCCGAAUGAUGAUGAAGCAGGAGGGCAAAAUCAUCGACUCGGACAAGGGCGACGGUUCGCUCGACCUGGACGGGUACGUUUCGCACAGCCCCGGUUCGUACAUUAUGGGCGGCCCCGGCAGCCCCUCGUCGCUCGACUAGCAACACACGCAGUCGAGAAUGCAGUGGCAAGUGCAUCUUCGGCGCUGGAUACGACGGCUGCUGGCGGGUGAUGCAGCGCCGGCGGCCGGUGGUCCCGUCGACCAAAACGACAAUACCGCACCGCCGGUGGGUGCGGCGAAAGCUCCGUGAGUGAUUGUGAGAGCGUGUGAG